AUGUGGAGGCAAGUGAAAGCCACAAGCCAAGAUGAGUCGAUUGGAAGAAGGAGGAACAUCAAUCCCGUUCAUGUCGCCUUCAUUGUUGAUAAGUACCUUUGCGACAAUAAUUUCUCAAGCACGCGUUCCAUCUUUCGCAACGAGGCAUCUUCUCUCUUUGCCACUUCGUCAAUCAACCAGUUGCCGAAGACUUUGGAGGAGAUGCUGGAUGAGUAUAUAUUUUUGAAGAAACAAAAUGCGAUCCUGAAUCAAGAAAGAGUCAUGGUGAUGGAAGAGAAAAACAGGAUUCAAAUACUGUUGCAAGGCAUGCAGAAUGCCCUGAACACUUACAAUGCUUUUCAGAGGCCACCCUCACUGAAUGUCGCGGGGAUGAAUGCAAAUUUUGCAGUAGUUCCUCAACCGAGAGUUUAUAACAAAACUCCUCAAGGUGUUUCUACUAUUACAAGUAUUUCUGCUGCCAUGCAAAACACAUCUAAUACACAGUUGCUUACUAGAACUGUCAACACCAAUGUGGACACUGGAAACUUCUCAACACCCAUGAUUAGUGUGUCUGACAAGAAGAGAAAAGAUACUGAAGCAGUAAAUGGGCCUAUAGUUGCAAAGAAACCUCGUGGUAGACCACCUGGCAGGAAAAAUCAAGUCCAAGUUUCUUGGCCAUCUUCUUCUGCAACUCAAUCAUCAUCUGGGAACUGUGCACCCAGCGGAUCACUGGUUCAAGGAUCCAAUGCUGUCAAAGGCUCAUUCAAUCACCCUCCACUUUUUGUUCCAGACAAUUCCCCAAUUCCAAAGACACCUACAACACAAUCCUCUCAGAGUGAUACAUAUGUAUCCCCUACUAAAAUUUAUCCUGCUGCAUCUUGCAAUGGAGAGGCUAGUCCUACUUGUUGCACUAUGAAUCCAACCAACAAAGUUAUGGUUGGCCCUGAAACACAAAUGGCUUAUAAAGAGAACAGUCAUUGCAAUUCUCCUAUCGAAGUAGAUACAGGCAAAUCAAGUAAGAAGGAUGACGUAAGGAGCAAACUGAACUUUGAUGCCUCUAAUAUGCCUGAGAGCUUGGACAAAUCAUUGUCUAAUGAGGUUUAUACAUCUGAGUCUGACAAGGAAGUUGACAUAUCUGACAUUGAUUUUUCAAACUUGAUGGAUUGCUGCCCAUUCCUAGGAAUCACAUCCGAAGAUUUUUCUUACCAUCCAGUUCCAACUCAUUCCAAGGAUAAUGCUUCAACGCCUUGAUAGUCAACAUGUCUGACUCUUAAUUUGGGAUAUUAAACACCAUUCAUUUGUUCCUUAGCCUGUUUGGUCAUUAGGCAGUACAACUGAGAAUUUGAAGUUACCAGUCAGCAAGGUUUAUGUUACUCAUAUGUUACGGGAAAUGGAUCAUGUCCAGCUAGUAAUUUGUUAUGUGACUGUGAUAACAUUCAGCAAUUAAACAAUUGGUUUGACGAGGGAUGUAUAACUAAGCAUUGUAGUGAAAAGCUUUCAGAUAGUUGUGUUUCUAUUCACUCUCGAGAGUAGAACUAGAAUUGACUUUGUUCAAGUCUGGCUUUGGUUACUAAUUAUU